AUGCGCUUCAUCGUACCUUUCCUUGCCGCCGCCGGCCUCGCCAGCGCAGGAUUACUAGAGACGGUUGUCAAGAGAGAUGACUAUUGGGGUGGCAGUGUCUCUCUCGGUCCCUCCAAAUCGACCAUCAUUAACGCCGUCACGACCCUGAUCCCCGGAGCUGCGCCAGAAACUCAGAACGGUGUAUUGUUCCUCUGGCCUGGUAUGUCCAACGGAACCGGUGACCUGGUCCAGACCACCCUCGAAAGCUGGCCUAGCAACUCGUGGUGCGGAGCCGCCACCGGCGAGUGGUGUGUGCGUGCCAGUGUCUUUGGCAGCUUUGGCCAGCUAGAUGGGGCGGGUUCACCCGUGAGAGGAACUGACCAGGUCCGAAUUGAGUACAAUCUUGAGUCUGACGGACAGACCUGGAAGCAGACUGUCACAAAUGGCCAGACUGGUGCCCUGCUUUCAACUUACUCCCACGCCUCUGGACCGUAUAUGCGAGGAUAUGGCACCGGAACUGAGUGUAAUGACAACUGCUCGGGAGCUAUCGCUCCGCAGAAAUAUUUGAACACGAUUAUCACUCUCGCCUCGGCUGAUACUAACUUUGGCUCGACCAUUGCUAGCGCGGGUGGUGCGACUUAUACCGAAGUUUCGUCUAGCCAGGGCGGGAAGGUCUGGACCGUCAAGCAGAUUGACAUUCCCGCAAUGCAUUAA